UGAAUAUUGUCCUAGAGUGGAAACAGGAGUUUCCAAAUGAAAUUAUACUUUUUGAAAUAAGGGCAUCGUGGAAAAUUAAAUGAUUAGAUUUGAUAGGAUGUUGUUGGAAAGACCUCCAACUGUAGAUGGAGUCAAACUGGAGGCUCAGAAGGUUGUGAUGGACAGUGAUAUAUUAAAAGAACUGAUAGACAAAAAACGAGUUGACAGUAACGCAGCUGAUCAGCAUGGGGAUACUGUACUUAUGUAUACCGUGCGUAAAAAUGCAACAGAAUCGGUAAAAGUGUUGCUUGAUCAUGGUGCUGACGUAAAUGCUGUUGACAACAAUGGAAAGACUGCAUUGAUGUUUGCAGCAUUAGUAAAUGAUACAGUAGAAUGUGCCAAGCUGCUCAUAGCGUAUGGUGCUGAUAUUGAUGCUAGGGAUAAUGACGGCACGACGGCCUUAGUAUAUGCGACAUCUGAAUGUAUGCGGCUGUUAGUUGACAAUGGGGCGGAUGUAAACGCCGCCAAUAAAAGAGGAGUCACGGCACUCAUGCGGUCGGCAGGGUUUGACACGACAGCCCCAAUGGAAGCGUUAUUGGAUCAUGGUGCUGACGUGAACGCUUGUACAUAUUUUGGAAUGAACGCACUAUUUUACGCUGUAUGCCAAGACAAGCUUGAUUCAGUUCGUUUGCUUAUCAAUAAAGGUAUUGAUAUCAAUAGACGUGGUUUGAAUGGUGAAACGGUUCUCAUGCGUUCUGUACGUAAUAAUCCAAAUCCAGCUUGUAUCGCACUGUUGAUAGCACAUGGUGCAGAUAUAAACGCUGAGAAUUCCAAAGGGGAAAAUGGUAUGUCUCUUGCAUUUAAAAUGGAAGCAUAUAAAGUAAUCUGCAUCCUUGCUAUGUAUGGGGCCAAUGUUGUUGCCGAUCAAUUAUUUGCAAUCAAGGGCAAACAUCAAAAACUUGGGUUGAUAUUAGAGAAACUGAAACGACCAAACCUCCAACAGCAAGUGAGACGCAGGAUAUACCAGCAUACCACAAGCGUCUGUCAGAACACACAUUCCAAAGCUAUUGAUGCUCUCAUUAAAGGAGGUAAACUCCCAACGAUAUUCAGAUCAUUUAUGUUGUUUGAAGAUGACAUUCAAGAAAUAAUAUCACUUCCGGUUCCGGUUUCAAACAAGGUAGAUGUGUUUUAUACUUGUUGCCAUCAAUGGGUAAUUUAGGUGAUGAUGACAUUGAUUCGAAGACAAUUGAGCGGAUUCUAUUAAAAUGUAAAAAUCAAAGCAGAGAUUCAGUAAUAUCGGAGCUAUGCGAAGAUUUUUAGAAAACACCAAUCGAAAACUGUACAACACAGUAGAGAAAUGUGAUACAUGAUAUGGAUUGCACAAAAGAUAAGAACACGUACACUCCUUUGUCAACAAUCUGGAGAAACGUACUGACGAGGGUAUAAAAUAUAAGUGGGAAUAUAGAUGGCAUUUCAUGUUCAAAUCUUUGCGUAUGGAAUAAGGGACACCCAAAAUUUGUAGGAUUCAUUAAGAAACAUGAGCUAUUAAAGUAAUUUGAUUUUUUCAACAGAUCGCUCACAUUGAUAUUAUGAUUGGUCUCGGAGAGAUUGUACCAAUUAUCAUUUAGUAGGCCCACGUGGAGAUUCUCUAGUAUAA